GUUUGUUUGUUGGUUGAUUUAUGUAGUUUGGAAGUGUUUGAGAUUGGGCUAAAGUUGUAUUUUGCUGUGCGAAAAUGGUACCUUUUUUCCCUCGGAAAAUGUCAUCAUGUUUCCUCUCUCGCCCCCAAAAGACGCAUGCCUUCUCUUUCGCUCACACACAAUAUGGUGUCAUAAGUAAAAUGGCUCCCGAAGAAAACAUUGAAUUUUUCGUGACAUCCACAAAUUAUCAUUUUGCUGUAUUUUCCCGGUCAUUUGUGACGCUUACGACGUGUUGAGUCUGAGCAGACGAAGGAUUUAGCUUUCGAGGUGCUAUGGAUAGCAUGGUGGAGGAAAACGGAAAUUCAAGUAUUGAUCCACUGUCGGAUCAACAAUCGCCCUCGGAGGCGAAUUCCGGAGCCGUUCUGACCACAGCAGCCAAUAUAGUGCAAUUUAUCCCCACACAAGCUGUUCAAGUGUCACAGUCCGUGAUUCAGGCCAAUCAAUCGUCCGUGAUCCAGACAGCGACCAAUUUGCAACCGAUGACCCUCGCAAAGGGUGUGUUGUAUGUGAAUAAAAGUAACUCAGUGAUACACACAGCUCCGGCCGGGCUUCAAGUUAAGAUAAAACCCGAACCAAAUACAACACCUACCCAAGUACAAGUAAAUGAUACAAAUAGCGAAGAUGACAGCAUAACGGACGAUGAGUCGCCAAAGCGACGAAGAGAUUUGCUCACCAGGCGGCCAUCCUAUCAUCGAAUCCUGAAAGAGAUCAGUGGACCAGAUAUAGCCGUCCUGCCGACGACCACAUUGCAAAUCACCAACGUCCAGGGCGGUGACGCAACUGGUAGCUUACACACAAUAUCCACUCCCGGCGGCGGCGGUACGAUAGUGCAAUAUACCCAGGGUCAGGAUGGGCAGUUCUUUGUACCUGGUGGUCCGGUGCUGGCGGAAGAUCAGUCGCGAAAGCGCGAGAUCAGGCUGCAGAAGAACCGUGAGGCGGCCAGAGAAUGUCGACGUAAGAAGAAGGAGUACAUCAAGUGCCUGGAGAAUCGAGUUGCUGUGCUUGAAAAUCAAAAUAAGGCGCUCAUCGAGGAGCUCAAGACACUCAAGGAGCUCUACUGUCAGACAAAGAAUGAUUGAGGCCAGGCCUAUGCCAUUUGCCUGCUACUCCAUUGUUCCACUUGGAUGUACCAUUUCCUUCUGCUACUUCUUCGAUACCAUCCUCCUGGGAAUUUGCUUCUGUCCUUUUAAGAAGAAUUUCUUUCAGACAAAAAGAUCAGAUUUUUUUUUUUAAA